AUGAUCAAACAGAUAUUUGGGAAAUUACCCAAAAAGCCUUCGAAAUCAUUGCACAGUGACUCGAAUGGCGAAGGAGGGGUUAAUUCCUAUUACGCUCCGAAUUCGAGUAGUGGUAGUAUCUCGAAACCUUCUUCGACAUCUUCGAAAUCAUCAGCGUCGGCUUCACGUGUAGCAAAUGGGGCUAUUGCUCCUAACUCAUUGAGCUCUAACAAGACUAAUCAUGGGAAGAAACCAUUGGGAGAUGCUGUUCAAGCUGGGCCGUUUCCGCCUACUGGGGUAUAUGAGGCUUUGCCGAGCUUUAGGGAUGUUACUAUCUCGGAGAAACCAAAUCUCUUUAUCGGGAAGUUGAGUAUGUGCUGUGUUGUCUUUGAUUUUAGUGACCCGUCAAAGAAUCUUAAGGAGAAAGAGAUAAAGCGGCAGACUUUGCUUGAGCUCGUCGACUAUGUUGCUUCGGUUGGUGUGAAGUUUAAUGAUGUUGCAAUGCAAGAGCUCACGAAGAUGGUAGCGGUAAAUCUGUUUAGAACAUUUCCUUCUGCGAAUCACGAGCAUAAAGUUCUGGAAAUGCAUGAUAUGGAAGAUGAGGAGCCUUCGCUGGAGCCAGCUUGGCCGCACAUUCAAGUUGUUUAUGAGAUUCUGCUCAGAUUCGUGGCUUCGCCUAUGACUGAUGCAAAGCUUGCAAAGAGAUAUAUUGACCAUUCUUUUGUCUUGAAGCUGUUGGACUUGUUUGAUUCUGAAGAUCAAAGAGAGAGGGAAUAUUUAAAAACCAUUCUGCACCGGGUAUACGGGAAGUUCAUGGUGCACCGACCGUAUAUCAGAAAGGCUAUAAACAAUAUCUUCUACAGAUUCAUCUCCGAGACAGAAAAGCACAAUGGCAUUGCAGAGUUGCUCGAGAUUCUUGGAAGUAUAAUUAAUGGGUUUGCUUUGCCCUUAAAAGAAGAGCACAAGCUCUUCCUUGUGCGCGCCUUGAUUCCUCUACACAAGCCUAAAUGCGCGUCGGUCUAUUACCAACAGCUUUCUUAUUGCAUAGUUCAGUUUGUGGAGAAGGACUUCAAGCUCGCUGAUACCGUUAUUAGAGGCCUUCUUAAAUAUUGGCCUGUAACUAACAGCUCAAAGGAAGUUAUGUUUCUUGGGGAAUUAGAAGAAGUCUUGGAAGCAACUCAAGCCGCAGAGUUUCAGCGCUGUAUGGUCCCUCUAUUCCGACAAAUUGCCCGAUGCCUCAACAGUUCACAUUUUCAGGUUGCUGAAAGAGCAUUGUUUCUAUGGAACAACGAUCACAUAAGAAACCUGAUCACACAGAACCAUAAAGUGAUAAUGCCUAUAGUCUUCCCAGCUCUGGAGAGAAACACGCGUGGACAUUGGAACCAAGCAGUCCAGAGCCUAACCCUAAACGUGAGGAAAGUAUUCUGUGACAUAGACCAAGUUCUUUUUGAUGAGUGUUUAGCCAAAUUCCAAGUGGAAGAAGAGAAUAAAACAGAGGUUAAAGCGAAACGGGAAAGAACAUGGAAGCGGUUAGAAGAGUUGGCGACUUCAAAGACCGGUGUAAGCAACAACGAGGCAGUGCUGGUUCCAAGAUUUGUGUCCUCAGUCAAUCUUGCAAGCAGCUCUGAGCCCACAGGGUAG